AUGACCAUUCAUGAAAGCGAUGAAGACACUCCGGGAAGUGUUAAAUCUUCUAAACCGUGCUCAAUUGAAUUGCGUCGAAUGCGUAAGCGGGAUUGGGCUAAGAAACUGUACAAGAGCCUGCUGAAGAACGAUUCUCCCAGCCGUCAUUCUUCUGACGAGUCAGACUCUAGUCAAGAAAGAAAUAUUCGUCCACGUCCUCUAAAGCGUCGCCAUUCUACUUCUGGUCCCCUGCAAAUCGCCAAAGAUCUGAUUCGUCGCAGCAGCCGCGGUUAUUUCCGCCACACAUCUGAAAUUCGCGAUAAACUUCCACGGCCUCCUCAGGAAUUUUACGAGCCAAGCGAUCUGCCGGAAAUUCCGCAAAAUCUACAGCCAGAAAUCUUUUAUGUUCUUCAUAACCUAAAAAUGCUCGAAUUACCAGCGGAGUGGAAGCUGGAUCCGCGGGACAUAGAAGUACGUAGUUUUGCUCGUGGUGAUGUUAUAGUACGUCCCGGUGAGCCUGAUGACAGCAUUUACGUUGCAGUACAUGGUACUCUAGCAGUUUAUAUUGCGCAUAAAGAAGGGAAAGAUUACCUCGUGAAGAAGAUAUCACCAGGAAAUAGCUUCUUUUCUCUACUAUCGUUGCUUGACGUCAUGAUGAACGCGCCAUCGUUCUUUAGAACUGUGUCAUUAAGAGCAGAAGAGUCAUGCACUGUUGCCAAGUUUCCUAUUAAAACUUUCCGCGAAUCCUACAAUAUACAUCCGAAAGCGUGGAUGAGACCUGUUCAAGUCGUCCUAACGAGAUUGCUUCAUGUUACAAUGGCAACUUUACAUCAGUACAUGGGCUUAAGUGCAGAACUCAUGAAGAGGCGAUGUGACGUUGGACUCGAUGAUCGUUCUCGUUAUCCCAGCGGACCUAUGCGACCACUACCUGGAAGCUUGUCCUCGUCGCACAAAAAGAAGGAACCACGCUUGAGCAGCACAGAUGAUAUUGCUGAGCAAAUUAUCAUAGCUCGACGAUGGUUCGCAGAGGCACUAGGUCUUGUGGGACCUGAUGGAUCGUCCUUAAUAGAGCAGAUAGGUGAUGUUACUAUUCGCACCUAUGAGGAAGGUGAUGUACUUAUUGAACAAGGAUCUCAGGAGGAGCAACUUAUUCUUGUGUUAUCUGGCUCCCUCAAACUCUCACAGGAACCCGUAUUUGACGAGGAACCACAAGAAGAUGAUGAUAAUACAGUAUCUCGUCUCUUUCCUCGUGAUUUGAUUGGUGGUCUUCAACUGCUCACAAAUGAACCGUCUUUCUACACCGUUUGCGUCGUCAGCAAGUCUACGGUCGCGAUUCUGGGGAAAGCAGAGUUUAACCGGUAUGCGACCGUACACAGUUGUUUCCUCUCUUUUUCUGCUUUUUUUUGCAAACGGCAUAAGUAA